AUGAAUAUUUUUACAUUUUGCAUCGUUUUUGCUCUCUGCACUGCAAUUGUUGCCAACAACUUUAACAAAGCUUUAAUUGAUCAUGACGGGCAUGAACAAAAAAUUGAAAAACAAUAUCGAUGCAUUGCCCGAUGUUUCUUUUCCGUUUCAUUCGAUCAAUUAUCGUCAUUUGUUCUUCCACAAGAAUGUCAAACACGUUUUCAAAAUUCUGUUUGUCAUAUUGAAUUGAAUAUUGAUUAUGAAAACCGAAAUGUUUCAGGUGCAUUUGACUAUCAUGGUGAUCAUGCUGAUAUGUCAGGUGGCAUCGAUUUAAAACCCGGAAUGGAAAUGGAAGUACGUGAAGCAACAUAUAAUUUUCAACGUAAACAAGUAUCGAAAGCUACUUGGAUCAAUUUUUGUGCGACUAAUGAUGAAUGUGAUAGAAAUUACAUGGAUACUCAUCUUUUACACAUUGUUAAAACUGAAACUUGGAAUAUGUUCGACAAUAUUUCUCAACUAAUUUUUUCCUCUACAUCGAAAAAUGUACAAUGUUAUAUUGAUGAGACUAUUGUACGAAAUUGUACGGAUAGAAAUAUGUGUAACUAUAACCAGGACCCACAAUUCAACAAUGGGAAGCCAUAUUAUAAUUGUCAACCGAGUUCAACUGAUCAACAAAUGAUAUUCUUCCAAACGCAUCGAUCCAAGACAUCGACAACAUUUUCAUCUGAUUUAAAGAAAUAUGAUAUACUCAAUUAUACGUGCAAUAUCGAUAAUUGUAAUAGUCCAAUAAUUGUGAACGAAAUCAAACGUUUGAUCAAUUUGCAAGUCGAGAAAGAUAUGAUAAACUCUAGCAAUUCUUUCAUAUUCGACACAAAAAUUCUUUUUACUGUAUUUUUCGGAUUGUUUUGUGUGUUUUUUGCUUAA